AUGUUCCAGAGAUACGACGCUUCCGUUCUUCUCAACUCAACUCCUGGGAACCCUUCAGAGAAGGAGGCUCCGCCAAACAACCCCAGCUUGCGAGGCUUCGAAGUGAUCGAUGCAGCAAAGGCCACAGCAGAAGCCAAAUGCCCUUGCAAGGUCUCAUGUGCCGACAUCAUCGCCUUCGCCGCCCGUGACAGUGCCUACAUAACCGGCGGCAUCGACUAUGAGGUGCCGGCUGGGAGGCGUGAUGGAAGAAUUUCUCUGGCGUCGGAGGCUCUCGACAACAUUCCAUUCCCAACCUUCACUGCCGACAAACUCAAGGAGAGCUUCGAAAGGAAGGACUCGACGUUGGAUGAAAUGGUGACACUCUCGGGAGCCCACUCCAUUGACCGCUCUCACUGCUCCUCCUUCACGACCAGACUGUACAACUUCAAAUUAAGGCUACCCCGCAACUGUGUGGGCACACCAAACGAUCUCUUCGCUCUCUAUUUCGACGACGGGAAUAAUUGCAAACAAAUUGAGGCCAAACGGUAA